ACUAUUUAAAGUACAGUGUACGGUGGACUACCACACCUGCGACUCCCCCAUUAAACAAAGAUGUAUAAAUUGUUUUUGGUACAGAUUGUGAUAGUGUUGGCACUCUGGGGUGUUUCGGAGUCCCGUGUUUAUACACAAGCUGAGCUGGAUUUAUUGGCCAGUGUGCACUAUGACCAGCUACCCCGACACCUGCAGCUGAUGCUGAAAAGAGGGAAGAAAAUGGGCGAUAGCAGUAACUGGUGCUGUAAGAACGGUGCUGACCAGGUAGUUAACACCACAACGGUGUCAAAGAUCGCAGCCCACACCAUCAAAGAGUCGGUCCAGGUUCACACACAGGACGGAUGUGGAUUUCUGAACACCAAGACAUGCGAGACUACCAAUAUACAAUAUGUUGAGAAGUUGAUCACCUACAUCGAUACCCAGCUCGUCCCUAACAAGGGCGCCUGUCCAGACCAGCAGAUCACAUGUUGUAACGGCUUCGUGCUUGCCGCUGAUAAUUGCUUGGCGGCGGACGGCCAUUACCUGAGCUCUCUCACUGAUUCUCUCCUCAAGCUACAGGCUGCUGGACUUCUAGGAUGAACAUUCCGGCCAGUUGAAAUGAAGUGAAAACUAAAUGAAAACUUUUGUUUGUUUUUUAUCAUCACAAAUAAAAUGAACUCGAAUGAA